UCCAUAAGCAAAAUUCUCUUUCGCCGACAAGGCGGACUCUUGCUCGCUGCUGCUGCUACACUGCAAUUUAUGAUUCAGCGUUCAUCAUCAUCUUCUUUUUCGUCACCUUACCACCAACAACGGCAGGACACGAGGCUUAUCCAUCCAGGUAGGAACACACCCCCCGCCCGCCCGCAGCCAGCCAACCACUUCCUUCUCCUCUACGGCGGCGGCGACGACGACGACAACCACAAGACGAUCGUCUUUUGUUCUGCUAGUUGUUUGUUGGUUCUUCACUGAUGGUAGUGUGUAGUAGUAUAAGAGACAAUUGUCAUCAUCAAGAACAACACCUUAUUCAACAAGAAUUCAAGGUUGGAAGCAAGACAAGUGCAGUAAUAUUGUGUAAUUUGGGCGUUAUCGUUAACCAAACAGGGACAUUGGGAUAAGGCCUGUGACCGGGGAAUACUUGUAAAAACAGUUUGUCAAUAUUAGAUGUGCUACGGAUACUAAUAAUCGUUUUAAAAGUUCGUCUGCAAACAGCAUUUUUUAAAAAGAAGGUCCCUCGUUUACUUUGUAAUUAAUUAAACAUUUUGGUGUCGUCGUGAUUGUCAUAUAAAUUAGCUAGAAUCUAAGAGGGAAUUAAGAGAAGACUGUUGUCCAAGUACAAAGUAUCAGUCGUCCUCCUUGCUGCCGGAGUUUCGGGCUGUCGCUGGAGGUCAGGACAUAUCCUAUUUCGCCACCACCGUCGUCCCCCGUCGCCGCUAUUGCUGCAAAACGCAGAUAAUUUUUAUCGUGGAGUAUUUUUCCAACUCAAUAAUAAGAUGCCUCUUCCAAGCCGUGCCCGUGUAUAUCCGGACGUAAAUUCCCAUAAACCUAGAGACUACUGGGACUAUGAGUCCUAUGAUGUAAAAUGGGGACAACAAGACGACUAUCAAUUAGUUAGAAAACUAGGGCGCGGUAAAUACAGCGAAGUUUUUGAAGCUGUCAACAUUACUAACAACGACAAGUGUGUUGUAAAAAUUCUGAAACCAGUUAAAAAAAAGAAAAUUAAAAGAGAAAUCAAAAUUUUGGAAAACCUUCGCGGUGGAACCAACAUCAUCACACUAGAAGCUGUUGUGAAAGACCCUGUCUCCCGAACGCCUGCCCUGAUAUUCGAACAUGUUAACAAUACUGACUUCAAGCAGCUUUAUCAAACUCUUACUGAUAUGGACAUCAGAUAUUAUUUGUACGAGUUGUUGAGGGCAUUGGACUAUUGUCACAGUAUGGGAAUUAUGCAUCGUGACGUGAAGCCACAUAAUGUCAUGAUUGACCAUGAAAAUCGGAAACUUCGACUAAUUGACUGGGGACUAGCCGAGUUUUAUCAUCCAGGACAGGAAUACAAUGUUAGAGUUGCAUCGCGGUAUUUUAAGGGUCCGGAGCUUCUCGUAGACUACCAGAUGUAUGACUACUCGCUGGAUAUGUGGUCUCUGGGAUGUAUGCUUGCCAGUAUGAUUUUCCGGAAGGAACCUUUUUUCCACGGUCAUGAUAACUACGAUCAACUUGUGCGUAUUGCCAAGGUUCUAGGAACAGAAGAAUUGUAUGAAUACUUAGACAAGUAUCAAAUUGAUUUAGAUCCUCGUUUUAACGACAUACUAGGAAGACAUUCCCGUAAACGUUGGGAGAGAUUUGUUCACAGUGAAAAUCAACAUUUGGUCACCCAAGAAGCACUGGAUUUCCUUGACAAACUUUUACGUUAUGAUCAUAAAGAACGACUAACGGCUCGCGAAGCAAUGGAUCAUCCUUAUUUCUAUCCGAUUGUAAAGGAGCAAGGUUCCAAUUUACCUCAAGCAUCUCACAAUCAAAACUUUGUGAUUGGUGACCACUAAGUCAUGCUUUACCGCAAGCCGACUUCUUCACUGAAGUUUUGGAAUUAAACAUUAAACCACCAGCUAAACCUAAAGUGACACCUUCGGAGACGAACUAAAAAUUUAAUACCUAUUUGUUGUAUUGCAGUUGUACAGAGUGAAAAUGAAACGAUGAAAGAAUGCUAUUAUAAACAGCUCAGAAUUCGAAUGUAUGCUAAGCAAUACAAAAUACGGAAAAUAUUUCAGAAAGCUAUUAAGGGGGAGCAUUUUGAGUUUAAUUUUCAUAUUUUGCAAUUCAGUUCAGAGGAUCUAAAAAAAGUUCUUCUAGUUGAACAGGAGCGAUUGUGAUUUUACAGAUAAAAGUUAUUAUAGAGACGCGAAGAACGUACAUUUGUUAUUUAAACAUACAUUAUAAGCGAGCGAACGAUAACAUCCUUCUUGAAUUAAUACAGCCAAAAAAAGUUCCACAUAUGUUCCAUAUUCUGUGUCCAUAUACUGUUAUUUUGUAAGACGACCAAACAUUAUUUUGAAAUCGAAGGGCCUUAGAUUAGAUUAGGUUUGAAAUUGUUACUUACUAGGCGUAAACUGUCAACUGUGUGACUGAUCAAAUUAUACAAUACUUUACAAACUA